AUGUUCUCUGAAUAUGCAUCCAAGUUCCUCUCCCAGUCUCAGUCGCAGCUGUCACUGGGCCAGCCCGAGCCGACUUCAACCCGCAACGCCCCCGACAGGCAGCGCCCGUCCUCGCGCGCCUCCCAAGCCUACCUCCAGCGUCGCAACAUGCCCAACCCAUACAACUCGCAGGCCAUGAGCCGCUUUGCCUUCGCUUCACGAACAUCCAACGCGCCCGCGCCACUCUUCUACUCCGCCACCGAUGACUUUCGCGAGGAGGACGACCAUGCCGAGCACGACAGGGACCUAGCAGACCAAUACGCGCUGCAACGCUCGCGGCGGCAGUUUGGCGCAAGCAAUCUAUCCGAGUCAUCUGAGGUCGAUGAUGAACAUGGCCAACGAUCCGAUCAUACGAUAGGUGCGGACAGGGACGAGAAUGAAGCUCCCGGCUAUGGUCUGGGGAGAGGGAUUAAGAGCUCCUGGAAGGGCGACAAGCCAGCUCGCGGAAGAUCGACCGUUAUCAACAACCCAGAAGACGAGGAAAGAGAGUCAAGUGUGCCGCUCUCUGAGACUACAGACCGCAGCAGCAGGGGGAGAGGUCACCUCGUAGAUGUGGAGCUUGAUUCUACAGAUCGGGGGAGUAUAGAAGAGUUGGACCGAGACGAGCUCCUGGGUCACCAGGACGAACCACCGCCACCCUUCCAACAGUUUCGCAACAUGCCGAGGCCGAAGCGCGGUCGCAGCCCACUACGAAACACCCUACCGAUACCACAGGAAACAGACGAAGACACUCUGCUUGAACACCCACGUCCAAUAAGUCCGGAUCGCCAGACCGUUCCCGACGACGUACCAGAGAACCCCACAUCGGCGCCACGACACAACUUCUUCUGGGCUGAGCUCUUCAUAAUCGUGCAGUGUGCCAUCUUUGGCACAUGGAUCAUCUCUUUUCUCCAAGAGUCGCCACCGGGCAAGAAGAACCCACUGGGCGACACGAUAUAUACUGUCCUGCAUUCGUCGUUCCACCUCAUUGGUGUGUACACACUGGUUUCGGUCAUCGUCGGAGUCCUAUGGCUAUCGCUACUUCGGUCCUUCGCUCGGCCCUUGGUGCAAUUAAUGUUACUGGCGGUACCAGUGAUAUCGUUUUCCUUCUUUGUAUACCCUUUCGCAUCAAGCUUCAAAGGGUCAUGGCAUGGCGAUAGCGUACAAGACCGGCUGAUGCGCUGGCUUUCGUUUGGGCCCUUGUGCUUCGCUGGGUUCUGGGUGUACACCAUCUUCAAGGCACGACAUUCUUUAGACAAAGCUACAGGCAUGUUGGAGUUCUCAAGUGAGAUCCUGAGAGCGCAAUUCCCAUUGCUACUCGUGGGUAUUGCAACACUAGCUGCUGUGAUACUCUGGGCGUGGAUAUGGAUCCUCAUGUUCACACGUCUAUUCCUUGGCGGCCAUUUUGCUAGCAACAAGUCCCGAUGGAUCAUCGAUGCUAGUACGUGGUGGCUUGGUGUUGUAUUCUUCUUGGACUUUUUCUGGGGUUUGGCGGUCAUUGCGGGUGUGCAACGCGCCACGACGGCAGCCACGGUAUCUCAAUGGUACUUCCACCGCAACAGCGUGCCUGCACCCGCGGCUAGAACGGUGGUCCAAGCCUCUCUCACUCACGCGACCUACACCAUGGCCGGCACGAUCUGUUUGUCGACACUGAUCUCACUCCUGGUCCGCCUUCCCCUCAUCGUACUUCCAAGGCGACUGGCGGGCAUGAUUGGCAUGUGCGCAUAUUCAGUCGUGCCAACGCCCAUCGCUGCGUUGACGAACCCGCUCACCCUGACCUACGCUUCCAUCCACGGUGUGCCUCUCAAUCAAGCAGCGCGCGGUCUGUCACAGAUGAACUUCAUCUCCGCUGCUUCGCCAACCACAACCCUCGGCCCAUCCUCGUUCAAGGACCAUGGCCGACCAUCGAUUCAGUCAUACCGUCUGGCAAAGUUGCUUCUCCACGCCAUCCGCUGGGUCAUAACAUUGUCUCUCGGUUUCGGUGGAUGGGUCUCGACUGCACGCAUGCUUCAAGUCGGCGGGUCUGUACCAUACAAGGGCAGUCUAUACGCAUACGUCGUGGGUCUCAUCAGCGCGGCAAUCGGCUGGGGCGCUCUAGGCGCCAUGGAAGGAGUCCUCGGGGGUAUCCUGGACGCAGUGCUUGUGUGUUGGGGUAGUGAAGUAGGAAGCGACGGGCAAGGAGAGGCUCGGUACUGUGUUGACGCCGGACGGUUGUUCGGCAAUGAGGUCACUGGGCAAGGUCGAGCAAGAUACGAAGUCUAG